AUGUCGGGAUCCGAGAAUCAGAACCAAGAGUCGAGGGUCAAGCGACUAGGAGGAGGAGGAGGAGAAGAAAGAGAGGAGGCGGAGGAGGAAGAGGAGGGGAAGAAAGCCCAAAGGAAAAGGAGUGGUUGCAAGAAGAUGUGGCUGGACCCGUGGCGUCAGGAUCGAUUCGUUGACACCUGGGGAAGCUGA